AUGCUGGAGUUGUUGAUGGUCGGAUUUAAGCAACAGCCAAGAUUGUUAACAAAAUUUAUUACGGCUAACGUUUCGGCGUUGUCGCCUUCGUCAGAGCCUGGAAAAUACUGCCUCUUUGGUGAUACUGUGAACACCGCAUCUCGAAUGGAAAGCCACAGUCCUGUUGGCCGCAUUCACUGCAGUGAAUCCGCUGUUCUAAGUGCUCAGCAAACAGGCAGGUUCGAAUUUGAAUCACGCGGGAAGGUUCAAAUCAAAGGGAAAGGAGAAAUGAACACAUACUUCUUGCUAAGAAGCUACAAGCGUUCCAUAUGGGAAGUGAUCCACACGCAAAGAGAUGAAAAUGUGAAUAGCAUCGAUGGCUAUCAAGAGCUGCGAGAUGGCUUCGUCGAUAACUCGACCACUAAGAAGUCGUACAAACAUUCUUCCGUAUGUGUGAUUUCGUAG